AUGUUCAGCAUCAAGGCCCUCGUCACUCUUCUCGCCCUCGGCGGCGUCUCUGUCUCUGCUGCUCCCGCGGCCGUCGACAGCGACACCGUUGUCGCUCUCGACGACACUGCCUAUGUCUGGGCUUGCCAGAACACCAACUGGGGCCAGCCGUGCCGCCUCCUCGAAGGUCUUGCAGGCCAGUGCAUUGGUAUCCCCGGCGACUGGGACAACUCCAUCAGCGCCAUCCGCAACCAGGACAAGGGUCGCUUCCAGUGCGUGCAUUACGACUGCCAGGGUGCUAGCUACAGCAACCAGGAGGAUGCCAAGCUUAACGACGGCAACGGUUUCUGGAACGACCGCAUCAGCUCCUGGCGCUGCAACCGCAAGCAGUUCCGCACUGCUGAGGCGGAGAACGCCACUGAGGUCGAGGCCUAA